UGCGUUUCAAUAGUGCCAGCUUCAAUUGACUCAUCGUGGCGAAGUUCUGUUCUUCCCGAAACUCGACAAAAUGCCGCCCAAAAAAGCAGACAAGCCGAGUAAAAAGAAUGUAGAGAAGAAGAAAGAUAAACUAAUAGAGGAUAAGACAUUUGGACUAAAGAACAAAAAGGGAGCAAAGACACAAAACUACAUCAAAACUGUCACAACACAAGUCAAGCAAGGCAACCAAAAGGCUAAGGCCAAGGAUGAAGUUGAUAAGAAGACCAAGAAGAAGCAAGAGCAAGAUGAGUUGAAUCUACUUUUUAAACCCGUUGCUAUCCAGCAGAAGGUAGCUAAGGGUGUUGACCCUAAGACGGUGGUAUGUGCUUUCUUCAAGCAGGGUACUUGCACCAAGGGGGACAAGUGUAAAUUCUCUCAUGAUCUGGCUGUGGAAAGGAAAGCAGCCAAGAGGAAUUUAUAUGAAGACUCCAGGGAAGAUGAGCUUGCUAACGACACGAUGGAUAAUUGGGACGAAGAAAAACUUAAGGAGGUUGUUGAGAAGAAACACAUGGAAGAGAACACAGGGAAACCUAAGACAGAUAAGGUUUGCAAGUUCUUCAUCCAGGCCAUUGAGGAGUGUAAGUAUGGGUGGUUUUGGGUGUGUCCAAACGGUGGUGAUAAGUGUAUGUACCGCCACGCCCUGCCUGUCGGCUUUGUCUUGAAGAGCCAGAAGAAGAAACAAGAUGAACAACAAGAAGAGCAGAAGAUAACAAUAGAGGAACUUAUCGAACAAGAGCGGUCAAAGUUAGGAGCCCAACAAACUAAAAUCACCCUGGAGACUUUUCUGGCUUGGAAACGGAAAAAGCUCUCUGAGAAGAAAGCCAAACUAGAAAGUCAGAUGAACAGGAAGAAGAAUGACUUCAAACAAGGGAAGAGCUUGGGGAUAACAGGGCGUGAGUUGUUUGCCUUCAAUCCAGAGAUGGCUGGUGAUGAUGAUGAUGAAGCUACAGAUGAUACGAGAUACAGAAAAGACAGCGACAAUGAAGAGGAUGAAGUCAAAGUGAAAGACAUCAGGCUGGAAAACUUCAUGGCGGAGGAAGUUGAUGGUUCAGGAACAAUAUCAACGGACAGUCAGAGGAAAGGAGAAACGAGUACAGUCAAUGGAGCAUCGUUACCUGGUGCUAGAGCUCAAGAUGACAAACAAGAAGAUGAAGAGAGUAAACUAGACCAGGCAGCAGCUCUACCUCCAUCUGAAGACCUCUCUUCUCAAGGAGCUACUGCUGAUCCCACUUCUGCCACCGUCAAUGGAAUCCCAGUUGAUGAGGAUCUCUUUAUGGAGGAUGUAGAGGUGGAUGAAGACCUCUUUGAUCAGGACCUGGAUCUGGAAGAUGAAUUAGACGACCUCGAACUGAAUGGUUGAAGACGCUUGUGACACUCCAAGAAUAAUGCCUGCUCCUCAGAAGAAAAUCAACAAUCUUUUCAAAAUGUCUAUUCAAUUUUUUUUCUUGUAUGAAGUUUUGUUAUUUAUCAGAGCCCUAAUGUUUAUUCAGAACCUUACAUCUAGCCUUUUUGAGGGGGAUACACCUCAAAUGAAAAGAACUGUAAAGACAUUUAUAUUUCGGGUUAAGUUGAGGAAUUUGGGUCACAAUAUUGAGCUGAGUUUAAGGACGUAUUCUGAAAACAAUUUCACAAAAUUUAACUUUUCAUCUAACGUUUUCUUUCUUACGGAUUGGAGUGUCACAGCUGGAGCUUUCUAUCUUACCAUUUUCUUCCCUUGUGAAUGACAGGGGAAAAGUUUGCAAGUUAUUAUAAAAGUUAUUACAAUAGACAAUUAUUUAGCAUUGAAACCUAAUGAAUGUAUUUAAUGGAUGCGAUAAUCGAAAGAGUGACACAGAUCAGGGUUCAAAGGUCAGAAAGUCAUUCUUUAGACCACUGGGCUUGCAGCUUGGAACCUUUGCCAAACAUAUUUUUAAAAGAGUAUCAAAAACUGUUUCUAAAACCUCUGUGUAACCCAGGGGUUACCAAGUUCAAAUGCCAUUAUUUCAACUUCUAAAAUUUGGACUCUUGUUUUUAGACUUUUUUUGUCAGCAUUGAUUCUCACCCUUAAAAAUCACAGGAGCUAGUUGGCACAGACGAGGGUACUUUUUGUUCCAGUUCUUAUGUAACAUUAUUUAAAAAUUAACUUUGCCUUAUUUGAAUUUUUCUUCCCCCCCCCCCCCCCACCCCAACCCUCACUUCCAUAUCAGUAUGUUAUUUGAAAGCUAUGAGAUUAUGACAGAUAAUAUUCAAAAUCAUGUAUUAAAUGGGAUAUUUAAAUCCUUGUAGUUUCCCAUUUAACAUGUACAUACUUGACAAAAAUAAAUUUCAGUUCUAUGAA